AUGGAAGAAAUGGUAUCUUUAUGGAAUUAUCAAGAGAACAUUGAUGAAUUGAAUCAGAAGCUUAUGUACGCGAUUCUUGAACUUGAGAAAUCGAAAGUAGAAGCUAACGAGAAAACGAGGAAGAACAAGGAACGCGUAAAACAAUUGAUCCAACUCCUAAACAUUACCAUUCAAGAAAGAGAUGAAGCUCGAAACCAACUUCAGACACUACUCAAAAAGUCUAUGUUAACUUCAUCAACCGAAAGCUUGAACAUUCUUCCACAGUUUCAUGUCAAUAAUCCUCUUGUAAAACCCCGGAAAACAAAUUCUUGCAUAACUGAAUCCAAUAGUCUUUCGUCUCUAGUUGAUUCUCUUUUUGAUGCAGUAUCAUCUCCCGAACUCUCAAACAGCAUCAUGAUUUCAACCAAUCAGGUCCCUACUGGAAUCCCAAAUAUCGAUCAUGCCUCUUUGAUUAUAGACAACCUUGUCACGGGAAGAGUUCUGCCUCAGACUGGAAAAUUCCUGCAGGCUGUUGUUGAAGCCAGGCCGCUUCUGCAGACGCUUCUGGUGGCUGGGCCGCUACCUAGGUGGCAGAAUCCUCCCCGGGUUCAGCCUUUUCAUAUUCCUCCAUCUCCUAUAAAAGGCUAUGAUCAUGAGAUGUUUGCUCAGGAACCAGCAUCAAAUUUGGGACAACUGGUUUCUAGAUCACUGGAUUCACAGCCUUGUGCCCAGAUGUCUUGUGAAUCUUCACAAAUUCUACCUACGUUAAUUUUCGGAAAUGUACCUCGGGAAUCUAGUUUACACAAUGGUAUAAUGAUGUCUACUACGACAGAUGUUAAUAGCUGUAUUCCUUUAGCCAAGAGACGCAAUUUUUACUGA